CAGCACAGUCAAUGAAUUGAAUCUGAAUCACUUUCAUGAUUCGAUUCACCCAGUUCACUGCAGAGAGUCGAGUCAGGGAUUCGAAUCAGUGACUCACUAGCCAAGCCUAGACUGGGCAGGUGCUGGGAGCUGACAGUGCGUGCGGGAUGGUACUGAGGAUGGAGCUGACUGUGCUGCUGUGCCUGGCAGCCUUGCCCUGUAUGCUUGCCCGGCUGGUUACAGAGGGAGAGGAUGGAUUUGCCGAGUGCAAUAACUACUUCUAUCAGGGUAGCCCGCCGCAGGGAUUUAGUGACCCAUCCCAUGCCAAGAUCUGUCAGAAACUCAACGGGGGGACUCAGUUUGCUACACUAUAUAGCACCGAGCACAAAAUCCCCGUGUAUUCCGCCUUUCUCUAUACGGAGGAUGCAGCCAGUGGUGAGGGCAGCUGGCUGGUGGAACCCCAGCUGGAUGAUACAGGAAGCAGUCUGGAGGAAGUGACAAAUGGCGCAGACCUCUCUGAGCAGAUUGGAAGCCUUGGUUCCAACCAGGCUUUGGAGGAAGACUAUGCUUCCUCAGAUUACCAGCCUGGAUCACUCUUUCAUAAAGCCCCUAAUACACUUACAAAUUCUGUGCCAUUUUCACCAGAUUUUAAAGAGAAAUGGGCUUCCAACAUCGAACAAAUUAUUAACGAAGCAUUGUUACCUUACUGCGGUGAUGGAGGAAACCUUCACCUCAUUGCUGGUGCCAUUCCUUCUAGUAUUAAAAUAAAUGAUAAAGUGACAGUUCCUGAUUCUGUUUGGUUGGCAGCUUGUUGUAACAAACCUGAGGCUUGGUCUUUGGGAAUUAUCAAGAAUACGGCUAAUGCUGAUGGAUUAGAAGAUGUUACAGUGGAAGAACUUGAGAACAAUCUUUUAGGAGGUGUUAAGUUAUUCUCCAACCAGUGUGGAGGAGGCGCCACACACCCAGAAAGAAUCAAAAUAUCUGAAUCCUUAGGACAAUCAGAGGCAGAACCUCCAGUUAAAGCUACUGGACCGUUUUUAAGACUUCUUCAGUUUUUUUUCUGUGUUAUAUACGAAAUAGUAAAGAGUCUGUUAAGUCUAGUAUGGUUUCUGGUGAAGCAAAUCUUUAGCUUCAUAUUUGGACGGCUGUACUGGAUCUGGACUGCUGUCACUACUUAUAUCAUUGCAUUAAGCAAGGUUUUGUUAAAUAUCCCAUGUGAUGUUCUUCGUGUGUUUGGAAACAUUAUCUGCGGCUUUGUACGGAUCCUUAACAAUAUGUUCAGUGUUGUGUGUUUCAUACUUAGGCUGCCAGCAAGGUUCCUACUUGACAUGGCCAGCUUCCCUUAUUAUACGUUGUGUGCCAUACCCACUGUAGGCAUAGACAUUUUAAGUGGAGUCUGUGGUAUCUUUGCUUUGGGCUUCCAAGGGGUUUUUGGUGCAUUUGGUAGUUCAUUCUCUGUGGCAUCAUUUGCAGGUGGUAGGUUUAUCCAAAGAUUUGUAGGACAGUCUGAAGGUUAUGAUGAGUGACUGGUGUGAUGAGUUAAAAUGGGAACAGUACUGCUGAUUUUUUUUCCUGCACUUUACUGCAAGUCAUCAUAAGUAUUUCCAGUGGAAUUCAUACCAACAUGCUUUGUAAAUCAGUGUUUGAUAGCUCCACUGGAACAUUAUCCAUAUAGAUACACUAACUACUGUCAACUACUAGUUGUGAGUAAAUUAUCCAAAACCCAUUAACUGGCUUUGGAUAUGUUUCUAUAUACUCUACUUUUUUUUUUUUUGAGGGGGGGGGAGUGGGAAAUAAAGAAUUACUGUAAUUAUUCAGUUGCAAUUCAGUUUGUGAGCAGAUUCCAAUAUACAGUUAGGCAGUGCCACAAUGGCAAUUGUCCCUCAAUUCUCUACAUGGAAUAAUUUUCUAAAAGGUGGACAGGUUUUUUUUUUUUUUUUAUUAUUCAUUUUUUUUUUCUUCUGACAACUUUAUUAGCAUUAAGCAACCUUUCCUCUCCCCCCCCCCCCCCUGUAUUAGUUAAAGGCACAUUAACGUUCCACAUUUUCUGUAAUGGUUUUAACUAGCUUUUCUUUUUUGCAUGGGUUAGGUUAUUUUACAGCACAACUAGUACACAGCUCCGCAUUCCUUAUAAUUUUAUAAGCUCGCUUAUUUAAAAACCAGUCAUGAAGUGGUAACGCUGUACACUGUAUUUUGCUUUUAUUAGAAUGAUGCAGCCAAACCACCACAAUUAGACUGGAGAUGGGUUAAACCAUGCUUGUCCUGUUAUGUCAAAUUUGUAGUUUUGGUGGAAUUAUUAAUUAAGGAUAAUUUAUGUGCAAUACAAAAUACUUUUUAAAACUAAUAAUAAAGUAGUGAGGGUAUUUUACUGUUCUGAAAUUCUGUCUAUCUGGGACAGUUUCUGUGAUCAAAAAUGAUGUAGCUUGUAAUAUCAUGUAAUCCAGUUCUAUCCACUAAAUGUCCACAUCCUGCAGAGACAACUCCAUAUUUCUCAAGAAAACUUUAGUUGGGGCAAAAAAAUAUUCCUAUCUUUUUUUUGCUGUGGAAGUCUACUUCAAUCUGUGUGUGUGUGUGGGGGGGGGGGGAGUGUUAAAUAGCAAAAAUACACCAGAAAGGAAUCAAUAUACUGAUCUUGCAGCACACCAAAACAUUAUUUAAACAGUAUUGAUGGUACUUAAUAUCAUUUCAGUAUUUUUUUUUCUUUUUAAUGAAACAAAUAAUUUGAUGGCAUUUUAAAGUGACACUUACUUUUUGUGAUUUUAUAGUAGAGCAAAGAACAUAAAUAGUCAAAGCCGUGCUUUAAAUUUCAUGCAAAAUAAAUGAAAAGAUCAUUGCAAAAAAAAAACACUUUAUAAAUAUGUAUGAUAAACUGCUAAUCAUUUUUUAUUUGGACUGGCUUUUCAGAUUUUACAAACAUUUUAUGUUUUACUUGUGUUAUGGUAAUCUAUACGGUAUGUAUAGAGGUAGAUAUAGAUAAUUUUUUACCAGUGCAGUAUAAACAACCAACUUUAGAUCAAACAAAUUAUAUUUACUCUAGAAAGUCAAAGCUUUUCAGAUUAGUGUUUGGUAGACCAGUCAUUUAUUUUUCUGAAGAUUAUUUGCUAAAACACAUCACCACUUUCCAGUGCCACCGAAAGAUUUUAGUUUCACAUAUCGAGCUUAACUUUCAUGCUCAUGAGAUUUGUGUUUACUAAUUACUUAUUAGGCCCAGCGUCAUUUGAUGGCUAGUGUUCAUUCACAAUGCAUACACAAUUGGCUUGUGUAAUAAUACAAAAUAAAACCACAUGGGUAGAGAAAUGUACACUGCAUGACUUAUUUUUAUCAGUCCUUUGUAGAGUGCCAAAAGAUUCUGCUGAGCUAAUUUACCAAGGGAAAAAAAUAUAUUGUUGUUCAAUAACACUACAGCUUAAUUUAUUUAAAAUGUAAUCCUCAUGCAGAGUCAAAGUAAGAUUCUGUUGAACAAGGUUUGACCAUAAAAACUUUAGGUUCCUUCACUAUGUCACUAUAGUUCCCAGCAACACGGAUUUAUUUUUUUAGACACUAAUUGUGGAUUAUGGGAAUUUUUUAUAAAUAUUUUCAUUUGCAAAAAUUAUAAAUUGUAAUAUUUUUUAUGAAAUCUGUUUAAAAAAUGAACGCCCUUUUCACCUCCCCUUUUUUGCUUCGUAGAGUCUGGAAAAUCAGUGAUAGAUGCAGAGUUAAGUUUGGUUUCAUAAAAUGUAUGUUAUUAUUAAAAACAAAAUAAUCACCUCUGUGUUUAUUUAGCAUAUGUCAAUAUGGGACAUAGAUUUUCUAUUGCAUAUAGAUUUCUUAGAAGAUACAAACUAACAUUCUUUGAUGGGCCUCACAUAAAAAGGAACAUCUCAUUUGCAUGAGGUUGGAGGCAAAUUAUUUAAAUCUGGAUCUUUGGGACAAAUCAUGUAGUAGCUGCAACUAGAAGUUAAAGGUCCAGUAAAUACAAUAUAUUUGAAUAAUCAACAAAUGAAUGAUAAAAAGAAAAUGCAAUAGCAAUUAUCCUGAACUUCAAAUGAGUAGUAGAUUUUUAUUUUUUUUUUCUGACAAAUUUCAAAGUGAUGUCUAUUUCCAUUCCUGUAUCAUGUGACAGCCAUCAGCCAAUCACAAAUGUAUAUACGUAUAUUCUAUGAAUUCUUGCACAUACUCAGUAGGAGCUGGCUACUCAAAGUGUAAAUAUAAGGAGACUGUGCACAUUUUGUUAAUGGAAGUAAAUUAAAAAGAUGUUUAAAAUUGUGUGCGCUAUCAAAAUCAAGUUUCAUUUUGACUUGUUUCCCUUUUUUGCUUUCAUGUGUGAAAUUAAUGUUCAGUUAUGAUAUACACAAGGAAGCACUGCAGAUAGUCAUCUAGUGUAGGUUGAGCAUUAAAGAAUUAAGCUUUUCCACCACAAUUAAUGUGAAUUUUUUUUAAUUCUGUUUGGCACUGAGAACAAGAUUAAGAAAAUUACUGAAUUAAAAAACUACAGUAUUUCAAUUAAAAAUCGUAAUAAUAUAACCAAAUUAAAACUUGUUUUCAUUAUUUGUAUUUAUUGUAUGUUGGCAAAAUAUUAUCCAUUAUAUUUCAAUAUAUGAAGGAAAAAACUAAUUUGUCUGAGUCCCUUAAACUUUCACAGCCUAAAGGCUGAUGGACUUGUAUGUUUUACUAUUUUGUGGUAACAAAACAAAUCUUUAUUGAUGUCUGAGUUUACAAUGUCAAGAGCAUCAAGGCCUUAGUGUUUUAUUAAAUCAAGUUGAAGAAGAAACCAUAAGUAGGACAAAUGUCAUCAUGCGCAUUAUAAAUUUUACAUUUUGACAAGGCUAAUGGCAACAGCAAAAUAUGUCUACGUUUGCCAAGACCGACAAGUUCUCUAUCAGAACAGCUCAUUGUGCACCUCCAUAGAAUCACUUUUAGAAUAACUUGUUAACUGGCUGAGGUAAAACACCUCCACUAAUUUAAAAAAACAUUUUAAAAUAUAUUACUACAUGUUUUUAUGAGGCAAAAAAAAUAAUAGUUAUUGAUUAUAAUAACUGGAAUGUGAACUAGCCCCAUGUCUUUUAGUUGUCGUUAGCGCUAUGCAUUUGGAACACAUGUUAAAUAAUGUAGUACUGAUGUACCCAUAGAACAAAUAUAUCAAGGUUUUUGUGAGAUCUGUAAUAAUCUGUUGUGUGGAUAGAAUAUAACACAAUUUGUAAUAUUACUUGUUUAAAGGAACAGUAAAUACUUUGAGAUUCUAUUAUAAACUAAUUAACAACUUUGCAAUAUACUUUAUUUAUUUUUGCCCCCUUUUCCUUUAGAUUAAAGGGAUACUACACAUUUUUUAUUUUAUGGUUCAGAUAGAGCAUGCAACUUAAUUUAUUCCUAUUAUCAAAUUUUCUUCAUUCUCUUGCUAUCUUUAUUUGAAAAAUCAGGCGGCUAAGGAGCUGGCCUGUUUUUGGUUCAGCACCCUGGAUAGCGCUUGCUGAUUGGUGGGUACAUUUAGCUACCAAUCAGCAAGCGCAACCCAGGUUCUGAACCAAAAAUGUUUUUUUCAAAUAAAGAUAGCAAGAGAACGAAGACAAAUUGAUAAUAGGAGUAAAUUAGAAUGUUGCUUAAAAUUGCAUGCUCUAUCUGAAUCAUUAAAGAAAACAUUUGGGUUUAGUAUCCCUUUAAGUAUGAAAAUUAAAAGUUUUUUUAGUUAGUUUCACCCCUGUCAAAUAUUCGUCAGCAGAGAUAAAAACUGCAAAUUAAUGGAGAGUUGGAUGUGUCUACUCAUGUAACAAAUAUGAUAAUGCAUUCCAAAUAUUUUCAAAUUUACCCAGCAUGUUAGUUUCUUGCAAGACUGCAGUGAAAUGUUAUAAUUACAAGGUGUUUAAUGUCUCUUUUAAUAGAUAAUGUAAAUGAAGCGGACUACUAACUUUUGAAACAUUUUGUCAAGAAAACUGAAUUGAUGCACUGACUAUUUGCAAACGCUAUUCUCAGUCAGAUGUAUUGCUUUUAAAUUAGCUGAGGGUGUUGUAUUUUAUUACAUUGGAAGUAUUUAUUGUGUGUUAUUAUCUGCUGUAAGAUAACAUCAAAAAUUUGUAUAAAACGUUCAAUGGAUACUGAUAUUGAGAAAUAAUUAUGCGUAAUUGAAAGGGAGCAAAUUAAAACAAAACAAAAAAAUUG